CCCCAUCCUCCUCUAGCUCACCAUGGGCGUUUCUAGUCCUAUGUGGGAAUACUUCCACCAACUUGAAAGGUUUUAUGGAAAUAAUAAAAGCCACCGCGUUGCCAAGUGCAAGGGAUGCGUGGCUUGGCACACAAGGACACUGGAGGCAAAGGAUUCCGAGGGCAUCUCAACUGGAAGCAUUACACAACGACGCUCAGCGGAUGAACUACAUGAAGCUGCUCUUGCACUCGCAUCUGAUAUUCAAGGAACAGUAGAAAAGCUGGCUUGUCAUCUUGUGAAAUGCACACACGCUUCCGUAGAGGGGUGUGCUGAAGGACAAGCAUGGUUAGACCAGCGUUCAACAAGUCCGAUGCCUCAUGUCCAUGUAACUUCUUCUCUAUCACUGGGGACACAAAGAACCCCGCACGCAAUCGACUAUCUGUUGAGAAGAUGAGAAUCCGUCGUUCAUUUGGACUUGCUCCUUUCGGUAGCGACCAUGACCCCUCUGGGGGCCGUUUGGAGCUCGAGCAUGGACAUCCCUCCUGCAUUCCUGAUGGCAUAAACCAUGGCUACCAUCCUUUCCGUGCCAACCUUCUUCAGGACCUCACCAGUGACUACGAUGCAGAACAACCUGAAAUGAAUUUUGCGCGGAGUCUACCAUCAAGAUCCCCCCGAGGUGUAAGUUUGCAGGGGAAAAGGGUACGAGAUAUUUUCAACUUGACGCGAGAUUCAAUGUGGAUCCAGGGUGAGCGGAACUUAGUGCUAGAAACAGAGAUGGAAGACCUCUUAACAUGAGAGAGGAACUUAGACCUAGAUGGGAGCUUAGAGACGGUGGCAGGGUGGAAUGUUUCUGGUGAUACGUCAAGCGCUUGUAGCUAAAUCCGUUAGUCCGUUAUAACUC